AUGUCAGCCCCUAAUGAAACCGAGCGCCAAGAAGACGCCUAUUUCUCAUCGCAACCUCCCCCCAAGAACCUCGAGUCCCAUGUCGCCGCCGCCCGCUCCUUCAUAGACCACCACGCGGCCUCCUCGCGGCGCAUCGUCCUCCUCACCUCGGGCGGCACGACUGUGCCUCUCGAGAAGCAGACGGUCCGCUUCAUCGACAACUUCUCCGCAGGAACCCGCGGCGCCACCUCGGCCGAGUACUUCCUCGAGGCCGGCUACGCCGUCAUCUUUCUGCACCGCCAGUUCUCCCUGCAGCCCUACUCGCGCCACUACUCCCACGCCACCGACUGCUUCCUCGACUUCCUGGCCGAGGGCGACGACGGUACCGUCGUCGCCAACCCAGGCCACCAGGAGCGCAUGCGCGCCGUGCUGCGCAAGUACACGGCCGCCAAACGCAACAACAUGCUGCUGAUGCUGCCGUUCACGACAAUCACCGACUACCUCUUUGAGCUGCGUGCCAUCGCCGGACUUCUGAGGCCCCUGGGCCCCUCGGCGCUGCUCUACCUCGCUGCCGCCGUCUCGGACUUCUUCCUCCCUCAGGACCGCAUGGCCGAGCACAAGAUCCAGUCCACCAACGCCACCGAAUCGUUCGGUUCGGGGGGCGCAGCAGCGCCUGUCAAGGACAACAGCAACAGCAAUGGUAACGGCAACGGCAACGGCAACGGAAACCGAAACGGUGCCAGCCCGGAAGACGAGGAGACCUUCGACAACUUUGACUCCUCUCCCAAGGUCCCCCGCUCCAAGCGCCUGAUAGUGGACCUCGACCCCGUGCCCAAGUUCCUCCAGAAUCUCGUCGACGGCUGGGCGCCGCAGGGCAUGGUCGUCAGCUUCAAGCUCGAGACGGACCCGUCCAUCCUUGUGCACAAGGCCAAGUACUCGCUCGAGCGGUACCAGCACCACCUCGUCAUCGGCAACCUGUUGUCCACGCGCAAGUGGGAGGUCGUGUUCGUCGCCCCGGGACAGGCCGACCGGUGGGUCCGCGUGCCGAGCGCCCAGCGCAAGUGCCCUGCCGGCGACGGUUCCGAGGCGUGGGAGGACAAGCCGCUUGACCCGAGCGCGCUGCCGGAGGGCGACCCGGAGGUGGAGAUCGAGAGCUUGAUCAUUCCCGCUGUGCAGGAUUUGCAUUCGCAGCACAUUCAGUCGCUGCAAAAGUGA